UACUCCUUGUCUGUGAUGUUCUAUUAGAUGUGUUCAAGACAGCUAGCGAGUAUGAGACGGAAAGUCCACCUCCGCCUCUGGUUCAUUUUGUCUCCCCUGGAAUACUAGCUGUCACAUUGAUGCUUGUAGCAGUAAUACAACAAGUGGAGCGUGCCAAGGGAGUGUAUUCUUCUGGAGUCCUCUGGAUUUUUUGGUUUCUGCUGAUUGUAGCAGGAAUUGUGCCAUUCUAUUCCAAAGUAGUCAAUUUUGAUAAAGUAUGGAAAAAUGACAUCUACAGAUUUGUCACCUUCUUUGUGUAUUUUGGUCUUCUCCUGGUGCAGUUUGUCCUCUGCUGUAUCAGUGACCUCCCCAGGAAUAACCUACCAGAAGGAGCUAAGCCAUCUCCAGAGAUCACAGCCUCAUUUCUCUCCUAUAUUUCUUUCCAUUGGAUUAACAGCCUCGUAGUGAAGGGCUACAAGAAUGACCUGGUGGCUGAUGACUUGUUUGAACUAAACCCCAGAGAUGUGUCGGCCAACAAUGCACCUAUGAUAGAAGCAGCAUGGAAGGUGGAACUCGAGAAAGCAAAAAAAGAAGCAGCUCAGCUAGCCCUAAAGCUUGGAUACAGCAAAGACGCCAAUGGCAUGUGGGUCAAGAACCAGCCCAUGAACUUGGCAUACAACGCCACAGAGUCCACAGAGAGAACGCCUUUAAUGACAGGAAGCAACAGGAAGUCCGGGGAAGAUGAUGUGGAAUUCAAAAAUGGGAAGAGGAAAAAGAAAGAUGAUGGCUGUCCAAAACCCAAACCGUCCCUGGUGAAGGUGAUAGCUAAGGUGUAUGGCAGUGUACUGGUAAAGGCUAUACUGUGUAAACUGGUAUAUGAUGGGCUGCAGUUCGUGGCACCACAGUUACAAGGAUUGAUGAUCAAAUUCACAGAAAAUGUGGAUGACCCAGAGUGGCAUGGGUACCUGUAUACAGUGGCCUUCUUCCUGACUGGGCUGACAGGGUCCUUCUUCUACCACCAGCUGUUUCAUCUGUCUAUGACCACAGGAAUGAGGCUCAAGUCUGCUCUCAUUGGGGCUGUCUACAAAAAGGCCCUAACCAUGAGUAACGAGGCCAGACAGGAGUCUACUGUGGGUGAAAUAGUCAACCUGAUGUCUGUAGAUGCCCAGCGUGUACAGGAUGUCAUGGGAUAUCUCUGGAUGUUUGUGUCUGCGCCUGUCCAGAUUGCUCUUGCACUGUGGUUGCUGUAUCAGCAGCUGGCAGGGGCUAUAUUUGCUGGAUUGGCUGUCAUGGUACUCCUGAUUCCCAUCAACGGUGUUGUGGCAACGAAACUGAGGAAGUUGCAGGUGGCUAACCUUAAGAUGAAGGAUAGUAGAAUUAAGCUGAUGAAUGAAGUUCUAUCUGGAAUAAAGGUUCUGAAGCUGUAUGCCUGGGAAUUGUCAUUCAAGGAGAAAAUUUCAGAAAUUAGGCAGAAAGAGCUGGCCUUGCUGAAGAGGUCUGCCUAUCUCCAGGCUGUCACUGUCUUCUGCUUUACAUGUGCUCCUGUCUUGGUCACUUUGGCAUCUUUUGCAACCUAUGUACUGAUAGACUCGAAAAAUGUUCUGACAGCAGAGAAAACAUUUGUGUCGCUGUCUCUCUUCAAUAUCCUUCGCUUUCCCAUCAAUAUGCUGCCCAUGAUGAUAUCAUUUGUAGUGCAGGCCAAUGUUUCCAUAAAGCGUCUGUCAAAUUUCUUGUGCAAUGAAGACAUUGAUCCCAACAAUGUACACCACAACCCCAAUGCCAGACAUCCAAUAGAAAUAAGGAAUGGCAAAUUCUCCUGGAGCAAAGGGGACAGAGUUGUUUUGGAGGAUGUCAAUUUGGAGGUCCCUGAUGGUAAGUUGGUGGCUGUGGUGGGACAGGUUGGGGCAGGCAAGUCAUCCCUACUGUCUGCCAUACUGGGAGAGAUGCAGAAGGUAGAGGGCAGUGUCAACCUCAAGGGCAGUGUGGCCUAUGUGGCUCAACAGGCCUGGAUCCAGAAUGCCACUCUGAAGGACAACAUAUUGUUUGGCCGGCAGGAAAUGAGGAAGAAGUAUGAAGAAGUGGUGGAUGCCUGUGCCUUGAGACCUGACCUGGACAUUCUGCCUGGAGGAGAGAUGACCGAAAUCGGAGAAAAGGGUAUCAACUUGAGUGGUGGUCAGAAGCAGAGGGUCAGUCUGGCCAGGGCAGUGUAUAAUGAUGCUGAUGUCUAUCUCCUGGAUGACCCUCUCAGUGCUGUGGACUCCCAUGUGGGCAAGCACCUGUUUGAGAGUGUCAUAGGUCCUAAGGGAUUGCUGAGGAAGAAGACCAGAGUGUUGGUGACCCAUGGUCUUCAGUGGCUAGAGAAGUGUGACCAGAUUGUUGUUUUGCUGGACGGUCGUAUCUCAGAGACAGGCACUUAUGAGGAGCUGCUUUCCCAUAAUGGUGCCUUUGCCCAGUUCCUGAAGACAUACCUAACACAGGCUGAUGAUGAAGAUGAGGAGAGCGAUGAAGAGAAUGAGGCAAAGCAAAAACUCCUGCAGCGUUUGGACUCUGUAUUAUCAGAAGAUGGACACAGCUCAGAUGAAGAGAUAUCCAAACUGAAACAAAGGGCUAAGUCUAAAUCCCCUACUGCAAAAUCCCCCACAUCUGCCCUUCGUAGUCCUGUACAACGCUCACUCAGCAGACAGAAAUCUGUGGAGAUAGACAAAGAGAUGGUGGAGAAACAGGUUAAAGAAAAGAAAGAGAAGGAAAAGUUGAUUCAGGCUGAGAAAGCAGAAACGGGAAAAGUCAAGUGGACAGUAUAUUGGACCUAUGCCAAGUCUAUUGGUAAAUGGAUGAGCUUCCUUAUUCUGUUCACUUUCAUCCUGUACCAGGGGUGUUCUGUUGGCUCCAGUUUCUGGUUGACUAUUUGGAACUCUGACAAAGUUCUCCAGAAUGGCUCUCUUGCAGGAACACCAAUAUUUGACGAGAAGGAGCAGUUGUAUCUUGGGAUUUAUGGAGCAUUUGGAGCAGCUCAAGCUGCCUUUGUCCUCAUCUACUCCAUAAUAGCCUCACUUAGCAUGGUGGAUGCUGCUGGCAGGCUUCACGAUGACAUGAUUCACAACAUCUUACGUUCUCCGAUGUCUUUCUUCGAUACCACUCCCAGCGGCCGUGUGGUAAACCGUUGUUCCCGCGAUGUGGAGACGAUUGAUAACAAUCUUCCUCAAAUCUUAAGAAGUUGGAUGAACACAUCUUUUACUGUGCUGACUACAUUUAUUAUUAUUGGAGUUAGUCAGCCAUUUUUCUUGAUAAUGGUUGUGCCAUUGGGGAUUAUUUAUUACUUUAUUCAGAGGUUCUACGUCCCAACUUCGAGACAACUGAAAAGAUUGGAAUCCACAACACGCUCCCCUAUUUACACCCACUUCAGUGAGACCAUAACAGGGGCGUCCACCAUCAGAGCAUAUGGAGAGGAUGGAAGGUUUUUGCAAACCAAUGAGAAGAAGGUGGACAGCAACCUGGUGUUCUACUUCUCCUCAUUGGCAUCUAACAGAUGGCUAGGCUUCAGACUUGAAGUGAUAGGAAACUUGAUAGUGACAUUCACAUCCUUGUUUGCUGUGAUCACUCGAAGUAAUGUACAAGAUCUACAGGCUGCCGCCCUGGUGGGACUCUCCCUGUCAUAUGCUUUACAGGUGACUGGUGCAUUGAACUGGAUGGUUCGCAUGAACAGCGAUGUGGAGACCAAUAUAGUUUCUGUGGAGAGAGUGAAGGAGUACUCUGAAAUGGAAACAGAGGCUGAGUGGGACAUAAAGGACACACGCCCACCCAGGAGCUGGCCUGAUAACGGACAGGUCCAGAUACAGAAUUUCUCUGUGCGAUAUCGAGAGGGUCUGGAUCUUGUGCUGAAAAAUAUCUCUCUUGAUAUAAACCCAGGAGAGAGGGUUGGUAUCAUAGGAAGAACAGGAGCUGGUAAAUCUUCCCUUACCCUGGCACUGUUCAGGUUGAUAGAGGCUGCUUCUGGCAGAAUAGUCAUAGAUGGCGUUCCCAUCGCAGGGCUUGGGCUGCACCAGCUCAGGUCAAAGAUCACAAUAUUGCCUCAGGAUCCAGUUUUGUUUUCUGGCUCCCUUAGGAUGAACCUUGACCCGUUUGACCAGUACAGUGACCAGCAGUUGUGGCUGGCUCUGGAACAUGCUCAUUUGAGGGAUUUUGUGUUCACUCUGGCCGAGCAGCUGGACUAUGAAGUUGGAGAAGGGGGGCAGAAUCUAAGUGUUGGCCAGAGACAGCUUCUGUGUCUAGCAAGAAGUUUGCUGCGUAAGACCAAAAUCCUGGUUCUGGAUGAAGCCACGGCAGCUGUGGACCUGGAGACGGAUGAUCUCAUCCAGAGCACCAUUCGUAAUGAAUUUUCUGGCUGCACCGUCCUCACCAUUGCUCACAGAUUGAACACCAUCAUGGAUUAUGACAGACUGGUAGUGUUAGACAAAGGGGAAGUGAAGGAAUUUGAUAGCCCCUCCAGACUGCUGGAGAACAAGAUGAGCAUCUUCUAUGGCAUGGCAAGAGAUGCUGGGCUGGUGUAAUACCACUACACCACACCAGGUGGCAGCACUGUCCAGCAUGAGAUGAAGUGGUGAACUGAAGGACAACGAACAAAUGAGACAGAAGAACACUAGUCAUUAACUAUUUGACAUUCUCAGUUUGAACUAUUCUGUUGUAAGUUUAGACAUUCAAUGGUUAUAUUAAUAUGUUCAUAUUUUGUUAAGCACAAAGGAAGGGCUACCCAAUAAACGAAAAAAUUAAACAGCAUAUUUUAGAAAAUAUUAGUAUAAAAUAAAUGUUUUAUCGAGUAAAUUGUCAUUAAUCGGAAAUUACAGGUUUCAUUAUUUACAGUACAUAUUUGUUUCUCAUUAUGGCACUAAGUAUAAUUUAUAUUGGACAGGGUAUGAACCUUUUUGGUUUAUGUUUUCUGUUAAAGCUUCUAUGUACCUUGAAAUCCUAUUCUGUUUGAUGAAAAGUGAUUUCAAUGAGGCAAUUUACUUUUAGCUAUUCUUAAGGAGUAAUUAUGUUAAGUCUAAGUUGUUUUGAUUUAAUUGGCCAGAAUAAUAAAACAUUUAUUGCAUUUGUUAAGUGCAGUAGUAAGGCAAUAUGUAUAAUUAUAGACAUUACAACUUUUUUUUACCUUCAUGCAACUAUCUAGAAUGACUGUUAGAAAUAUACAAUAUACUAGGACCAUACCAUAUAUUGUGUUCUGAAUUGAGAAUUGGUUAUAGAAUUAAAAGUUGUUUUGUGCCAUUUAGAAAUCCCUAAUUUAAAGUAUUUAAAACUGUUGCAUUCCUUAUUUGUUAUUCUCUUUUUGCUUUCGAUCAUGUUUACAUUAUCUUUCUAUACACUGGUGUAUGUGAGUGUUAAUAAGUGUUUUAAAAAUAACUAAAAGUAGCUAUUAUCAAAACUGUAGUUGCAUUUACCUCACAUCAUUGUAGGUUUCUAUCUAUUUGUAAUGCAAUUUUGUAAACAGUAAAAAAAAAAAGAUGUUUUUCGGUAUAUUACAUAUACAUUACAUUGAUUGUUCAACCCCAGUAUAUGUUAAUUGUUCAGGUGUUUAUCAUUAGUGUUUGAAAUUUAUUAUGUAAUAAAGAGGUUCCAUAUGAGGCAGAUUUUUUGUUGCAAAUCUGUAAUAUUUUUUUAUUGUUUGCUAAGAACAAUAUAACAGUUAUAUUGAAAACAACAAUUGUUGUGCGUUUGGAUUUGUUUUGGGUCAAGGCUAUCCUGUGUUCUAACUUUCUUUGUUCUUUGUAUAUUGUAAGUAAUUAUAAUGAUAAAUUUGUAAAGUGGAGGAGGGGUGGUAAUUAAAUGAUCCAUUAGGAAAAGGUCAGUCCUAAAAUGAUUUACUUUUAAUAUUUUAAAUGAUAUAGAACUAACAUUCCAUGUAAAGUACCUUAGCUAUAGAAAUGCAAAUUGUUUUGCUUUUUUUGUACAGAUAUCAUACAUCCUCAUUAGCAAUGUUACUGUUUUGCUUCAAACUCACCAAUAUUACAUAUUGCCUUAAAGUGCAGUUCCAGUUCAAAAUUAAGCAUGAUGAUUUUCUCGAAGUAUAAUAAUGGUUUUGUUGUCACUGUGUCAUCCACAUAAGAACACUCUUGUGCCUGGAAUCUGCUACAUGGGCCUAAAUUGCCGGUCAACUUUAAAAAUGGGAAUGAUCCAUUUAUUCUUUACAUUUAUUAAUUUAUCUUUGUCUUGUAUUUGAUUUUUUGCCAUGUGGAAACUUUAUCACUGAUUAAGUGUAACUUGAUCUGAACUUACACCUUAGGAGCCUAAAUUUUAGGUCGUGUUCAAACUGGCUAUGCUCCUUUUCGUCCUAUUUGAUGAUUUUGGUCUUGUGGAUCUUAUAUUAUUCACACAGGUCUGAUUGAGUGAAAAACUUGCAGGUUCGACAUCUAUUUUAGGUGAAACUAAACAGUUUGAUUGUAGCCUUUAAAAUGAACAAUUGGGCAACAAAAGUACUUGUGAAAUUUAGACGCAUUUAAUUUUAUGAAUUUCUCUCAAUAUUUAACUGGAUUAUUAUUAUUAUUAUUGUUUGAAGUUUUGUGAUGUAUCGAAAUGCCUCAAAAUAUAACCUACCUGUGUUUUGAGCUUGACGAUCAAAUAUGUCAAUCGAUCAGAACUUCUGUGAUCAAUUAGUCCUGUAUUUGAAUUUGGAGGUUUGUACUGUUCUGAUAAAUUUAGAUUAUAUCAAAAUGUAUUAUCAUAUUAUAUUACAUUAUAUUAUAUCAUUAUAUUAUAUUAUGUACUCUUUUGCUUUACUUAAUAGCCAAAUAAAUAUUAGAAUUUUA